AGCACCCAGCAGUAUGUGCGCGCCCACGGGAGGGGCCGAUAGAAAAUGGCGAGUCUGUGCAAAAGGCAGCAAUGCACGAUAGAGAGGCGCGGCUUUCGGCAGGAACUUGACUCUUGGAGGCACAAACUCAUUCACUGUGUAGGGUUUGAAAGCAUCUUGGAGGGCUUGUUUGGGCCGGGCCUAGUCAAGGACAUCACUUUUUUCCAAGACUGCGAGCCGGAGGAAGUGUCUGACUGGUCCUUCGAUGAAAACUGUCUCUUCUGCUGCUUAAGACGUGAGAAAAACAAGGAGCACAACGUGGAAAACAGUGGAGGCGGCCACGUGCUGUCUGAUUGUGAAGACUUCAAACAGGGGCAGUCUCGGAUCAGCCGGCUGGAGAGACAGGCCCGAGACUUCCUCAAUGCUGUGUUCCACAGAAAAGACCUCCCAAGUUUCUCUGACCCUCACAUUCCUCUAGUGGCUCGUGAGAUCAUGCAGCGAAUGAUCCACCAGUUUGCUGCCGAAUAUACCUCAAAAACUACUCAGGAAGACCUGCCCCUGCCCAACGGCACCAUGAAGGACCAAAGCCUGCCGAGAGCGGUGUCUCUGGCGCAAGCCCCAAGCUCCCCGGCCAGGCCCACACCCAGCUCCCCUCCAUCGUCUGCCUCCUCCUCUCCAUCCCCUACUCCAGGAGCGGGCUUCAGCCCCAUCUCUGCUGCAGUCAACUCAGCGCCCUCCGGCAUCCAGAGCAGCAACGGGACGGGAGCCGGCAACAGUGGAGGUGGAGGAGGAGGUACGGCUGCUGCCUCUGCACAGAACCCAGUCCUCAGCAAACUUCUCAUGGCGGACCAGGAAAGCCCACUGGACCUCACCAUCAGAAAAGCCCAGGCUGAUCAGGAGUCCAGCCAGCAGGAUGGUGUCUUGGACCUCUCCACCAAGAAGAACAACAGCAGAGGACGCCCCAAAACAUUACAAGGCUUCACCCUUGCACCUGGGGACAAAGGACAUUUGCUCAAGGCAGAAUGUACCCUGUCAGAAGUUGAGGAAGAGGAUGGCCUACUGCAAAAAAGUUUGCAGGAUGGACUGAGGGAGAACUACAUCAAUUCCAACUCCUUCAAGCCGCCACUGGCCCGCUCUCUGCGCAUCAAGGAGGAGCUCCUUAGCCAGAAGCACCGCCUCUUGAGCCAGCCCGCAGCUCUUUCUUUGGCCAAUCUUGAGUCAGCUGGCUUGCUUAAUCAUGGGCAAUCCCACUCCUUACUUAGUCAAAAGGGCUCCUCUUCUCUCUGGGAAAGCAAGGCCCACCUCGAAAGCCUGAUGAAGCUAAAGCAGGCUGGUGGAGCUCUAAGCGACCUCAAAGACCUGCCUACAUUUCUGGAAAAUCACCACCACAACCACCAUGGAGCCUUCUCAUAUAAGAGUUCCCUCCACCAUCACAGCCACAAUCAAGUCUCAAAGGCUCAGCAUCACCACAAUGAGGGCAAGAGAGAGCAGGGCCAUUCACCACCUGUCGACCUAAAGAUCCCCCAAGUACGGGGAAUGGAUCUUUCCUGGGACUCCCAUGCCUCUGAGCUGUAUGGUUAUGGAGCCAUGGGUGUUGGGGCAGGUGGCCACGGUGAGAACAGUCUAAACCGGAAGCUGAGAGCCAUUUUACCCAAGCAGAACCGCCGGGGUGGAAGUCUUGGAAGCCUGCUGGAUGGGGCUGCCGAAUAUUGGAACUCUGACAUAGACAGCUCUACUUCCGGACCAGCGUAUUCCAUCUCUGAUGUGGAAGUGGAUCCAAGCUCCAAGCAACCAAGGAAGAAGAGGGGACGUUAUCGGCAGUACAACAGUGAGAUUCUUGAGGAAGCCAUAGCAGUAGUGAUGAGUGGGAAGAUGAGCGUGUCCAAGGCACAGAACAUGUAUGGCAUCCCACACAGUACCCUUGAGUACAAGGUAAAGGAGCGCAUGGGAACCCUGAAGAACCCCCCAAAGAAGAAGCUCAAGCUGAUGAUGAAGAUGGAAGCAGGAGGCCAGGAAUUCCCAGUGGAGCCGGAGAACAUGCCCACUACAACCCCCCAAGAUGACAGCGUGGCGCUAGCUGCUGCUGAGCUCCAGCAAAAUGCAAAGGAGAAGACUGAUGAUGAUUCCAAACCAAUUGACUGAACAACCCUCAUAUGUAAACCUCAGUCACAUGACUUUUAUCAUUUCAAACAUGGGAUGGGGCUUUCUUUUGUGCCAAUUUACUUUGCAGUAUCUGGGUGAGCACAAAUGGAGGGAUGGUAUGAGGAGGUUUCCUAAAAAACAAACUGCAGAGAAAAAUCUAAUCGGACACUUUUUAACCUGCAGCGCCUGCGAGGCCCUGAACAAGCAUUUGUUUAGCUUUUAAAUCCAAAGCUUUACAAAUGCAACUAAAGACAUUUGUUAAAGGACGAUUAAUGAAAAUUCUUUAAGCAUGCUGAUAAUCCCCGGCCCCAAAACCCCAACCUCUUUUUUUUUUUAAACAUUACUCACAGAUCUGUUGCUGCUUAUAAAUGGAGUUUGGGCUUUGGAGAAAUCCUACUUUGGGGAAAACAAAAGAAUGUUGAAAAUUUAAAAAGAAAUCUGACAAAUUGGACCCUUUACCACUCCCCUCUCUCAUAGAGAAUUUGCUCAAAUUGGUAAGUGAACUGUUUCUUACAUUUAAAGCAGACUGUAGGACUGAAUCAUCCCACUGUUUCCUCACAAGGGUUCGGAAUCAAACCCAUUCUCCUCUUGCCAGGUAGCCAUGAUGCUUUAACUGCAAACAUUUUCUUUCCUCCUUAAAAAUAUAAUCUCUGUGCAGACGAAAGCAACAUUAACCCGUCCUCUUGUGAGCAAGAGAAGACACACAAAAGUCAUUCAGGGAUGCAUGUUUGUGAGUUUCGUGGACACUACUGACUUCUGUAAUCAACUCCUUUUCUUCUCUCUUGUCUUUUCAUUUGGUUUGCUUUCUUUUGCACUACACUUUGGGUCUGGCGCUUACAGACCACGUUACCUCGGCAUUGUUGCCCAUGCAUCAUGCACUUAUUAUGGUCUGUCUCUGAAGCCCAGUCGCAACCUUGCAAUGGGUCAGAGGUGCACAUCGCCUUCGAAUGCUGAUUCAUAUUCAGAUGCAGGACGCUCUGAAUUCACCCUCAUGUUUUUUUUUUGUUUCGUUCCGUUUUCUCGCCAAGGGACAACUUGAAGGGUACUCUGAUUAUGGAUCAGCUGUUUUUAAGGCGGGAUGCUACCUCAUGGACCUCCUUCAGUCUGACACUGCUGAUCCUGGAAAAGGUGGAGCCACCUUCAGGUUGCCCUCUGAAACAGUGACCAAAGUGAGCUCGACACCCUCAUGGAACUCUUACUGGAUGACGGCCUUUUAGGAUCGGAAUGUGAAACUGUGCUGCUAUCCAGUUCAUCAUCUUGACCCCUACAAAGGCUUUAGCUGGCCCAGCCUGAAGAAUUUGAACUUGUCUUAGCUAAUAAUAACACAUUGGUGAUUUUUGUUUCUAAUCAAACUUAGCAGAAGCAGCUUAGUUGAGGAGUUUUAAAAGAAAAUUUCCCCCCACCUCAAACUUUAAAGACAGUUUAAAAGCAGUUAUGUAUGAAACAAUGUGCAUU